AUGGCGGACGACGAAGUAGACCAAGGAUACACGUGGGAAAACGAAUAUGAGAGAACUUGGGAAGCUCUGCAAGAGGAUGAUGAAGGGUCCCUUCGCACAGCUGUGGAUGGCAUCAUUCACAAAGGAAAGAGAAAACGGCUGCUGGAGAAGAAGGCAAACAUCAGAUUGGGUAUGAUGCGCUUGCUCCAGCUGGUGGUACAAUAUUCGGAGGCGGUAUCGCCUCUCUGAUCCUCUAGUUUUUUUCUGUAGUUGCUGGAGAGCUUCAUAGAGGAGUACUUUGAUCAGAACCCCAUCAGUCAACUGGGGGUGAUAGACACCAGAAACAAGAGAGCAGAAAAAGUGACCGAGCUCGGAGGCAAUCCCAGAAAACAUAUCCAGCUAAUACAGAAACUAGCAGUGAAGCCAUGCCAGGGAGAGCCAUCCCUGCAGAACAGUUUGGAACUUGCCAUGCAAACAUUACGACACAUGCCUGGUCAUGCCAGUAGAGAAAUUCUCAUCAUCUAUGGAAGUUUAACAACCUGUGAUCCUGGGGACAUCUAUGAAACUGUAAAGUCUUUGAAGGAGUUAAACAUCAGGUGUUCCAUAAUUGGCCUGGCUGCAGAAGUACAGAUAUGCAAAAAAAUAUGUCAAGAAACUAAAGGUAGCUAUCAUGUUAUACUGGAUGAGACCCACUUUAGAGACCUACUGACCUAUCACGUGACACCACCUCCGGCCAGGAAUAAUGCAGAAUCUUCUCUAAUAAGAAUGGGUGAACCUCAUUAUCAAUUUCUUCUAGAAAUAAAAUCACAGUAUCCCUCUCUAUGUAUAUGUCACCUGGACAGCCAGACAUUCCAAGGGUUUCGCAGUGGAGGAUAUUUCUGUCCACAGUGCAAGAGUAAAUACUGUGAGCUGCCAGUAGAAUGUAAAGCCUGUGGGUUAACACUAGUUUCGGCUCCACAUCUGGCCAGGUCAUACCACCAUUUGUUUCCACUAGAAUCGUACAAGGAAGUGCAGGAUAAAUCUUCAGUUUUGCAGAGUCACUGUUUUUCCUGCCAGACAGAAUUCACAGAACAUCCCGUGUAUGUCUGUGGACGGUGCCAGAGAGGGUUCUGCAUUGACUGCGAUGUCUUUAUCCAUGAAGCUCUCCAUUCUUGCCCUGGGUGCUCUGGGUCCCGUCACACACAGGAACGCCAAAUCUCAGGGACACUUCUGGCCGGGUUAACAGGGAAAUGACCAAAAUUGGUCUUCGACACUUGAUUGUUGACCUUUUUGUAUAAGAGCAAUCCUGCAGGCAGUUUUGGCAGGGUAAACAGAGAACUGACCAAAAUUGGUCUGAGACACUUGAUUGUUGACCUCUUUCUUUGUAUAAGUUUGAGCAAUCUUAAGGGAAGCUCAGGCAGAGUUAACAGGGGAAUGACCAAAAUUGGUCUGAGAAACUUGAUUGUUGACCUCUUUGUACAAGAGCAAUCUCAGAGGAAGUUCUGACAAGGUUAACUGCUCACGUUGGUUGUACAAAGGACAUAUCUCUGACACUGAUCUCUGGACUGGUCAGCAAAUAAACAAUUGUGUCCAGUCACUCCUUUCAUUGUCAACCAGUGUGCUUGCAUUUGCUCAGCCAACUGACACCUAGAAAACUUCUGGCAAUGGAACAAGUUGUGUCUAAAUCUGCUUUGUUGAACUUUUGGCAUAUGUAAUCAAUUAAUUGACUCCUCGGAAAUAUUUCAGUUGGCAUGGGAAUAUUCCAAAACAUUUCAUUAUAAGAAACAGUACUAUAGAUUUGGAAGCCAUCAC